CACCCAACACAAAAAGGUAACUAUAUAAUAGGCUAUAUAUUAUGCCUAACAAGGUCACUGACAUGCACUUCCACCAAGUAGAAGAAGAAGAAGAAGAAGAACAUACUGGAGAGAGCAGGUCAUCCUCAAGAACACCGAGAGGGCAUUUCGUGGUUUACGUUGACACGAACAAGAAGUUGGAGAGAUUUGUGAUUCCCACAAGGUUUCUGAAGAGCCCAUCUUUCCAGAAGCUUCUUGAAAAGGCUGCCGAGGAGUAUGGUUACGCGGAGGCUUACCGUAACAAGAUCGUCUUGCCAUGUGAUGUCUCUAGUUUCCGAAGUCUCGUCAUGCUCCUGACUUCUCACGGCAAGGGACAUUAACCACAUGAGCCCCCUACUACGUCGUCUGAAUGAUAAGAUUGGUCAUAUAUAUAUAUAUAUAUCUCAUAUGCAUGUGUUAUUAUUUAAAUUUUUGUAAUGUACUUUAUAUUCUAACUUAAUUCAACUGCCAGUGUGAGAUCUUUACUUAUCAUAUUCUUGAAUAUUAUUAGUUCAAUGUGUGUGUGUGUGUGUGUU